AUGAUAUCGUUUAAACACCACGCCCUUUACUGGGUCUUGUCACUCUUGACUGUUCCCCUUACCAGCCUCCGGAAGCUCCUGUUCGGCAAUGGACUCUUCAUGGGCUCUAUUGACGAGGUCGAAUUCGCGACUACAUGCCUCUCCAUGUAUUUUGUUGCACGCCCUGUAUUAGGCGGACUCCAAGAAUUUGAUCGAGAAGUAGAAGUUGGCGUGACCAAGUGCAGUGGUCUUAUCGAGGCGGCUGAUCUCGAAAAGCCCGUCGAGGAGAAUAGCAUCACGAAAGAACCUGAAUCCAGAAACGGCGAUGCGAAAGGAACAAAGCCCAAAAAGGGCCGGAAGAAACCAGCAAAAGGUGUCAAUGGCAAGCCUCGAGCAGUUCAUUUUCAGAAGGAGCCAGCCCAGAAUGGGGAUGCGAAGCUGUCGAACGGGAAUAGAGCUCUUCAGAACAUAGCGGCGGCACAACGACCCCGGAAGAAAUCCACUGGUCGAUACACUGCCACCCAGCAGUCAUUCUUCAACUUGGCUUGGAAGUACCUUGAUGUUCUGUAUUUUAUGUCUCUAGGGAUUUUGUUCACUCAUCCAGAGCCUCUCAUUGGGUUUGGCGAGUGCGUUGGGAACGACCACCUCCAGUCAGUUGGUCGAGUACUCGUGAGCUUCCUAGUCAUGGGCAAUCUGGAACCAAUCAGACAGAAUCGCUGGGACGUCGGAGUGUCUGGCCUGGGGAUGUUCUCCUACUGUUGUGUAUUAUGCAGCGAAGGACCUGGUCCUUGGACGUCAACAUUGAUGGGAUUUUGUGGCUUGUUGGUCAUGGGAAUCCUUGUAGAGUGUUCUCUUUAUACAAAUCUGCAGUAUUGGCCUUGGUGGCCUGGUAUCUGGUUCGCUGAUAGCCUCAGUGGUCUCGAUAUUUUCAUUCGUGUUUGGUUACUGGUGCCACUCAUUGAUGUUGCCGAGACCGUACUGUACGCUAUUGCUUCCAGAGUCCGUCCAGAAUGGUACAGAAAGAGACUGGAGCUUAUGGAAAGACCUCUUUAG